AUGUCGAAAAUCUCAAACCUAGACUAUGCUGCCCUUAAUCUCUCCAGAGACAACUAUUUGCAAUGGGCACUUGACACAAAGAUUAACAUGAGGUCAAAGGAACUAGGUGAUACUAUCAUCAAGGGUAACAAUGAGACUGAUAAGAAUCGGUACAGGGCUAUAAGUAUUAUACGCCACCAUCUCAUUGAGGGUCUAAAAGAUCAGUACCUCACCAUGGAGAAUCCACUAGACCUUUGGACCGCUUUACAGCGUAGAUAUGAUCACCAGAAAACAGUGCUAUUACCAAAGGCUAGACAUGAGUGGAAGAAUCUCAUAUUCAUGGACUAUAAGUCUGUGGAUGAAUACAAUUCAGUAUUGUUUAAGAUAGUCUCAAUGAUGAGAUUAUGUGGUGAGGAAGUAACCGAGAAAGAGUUGCUUGAUAAAACAUUCUCCACGUUCCAUUCGACGAACGUGUUGCUGCAACAGCAUGAGAUGAGACCCAUCGGAACAUCAGCAUUACCAGAAGCCAAUGAGGCUGAAAAGAAAGAUCCCAAAGAAUGCAACCACGUCCAUGAUAAUAAGAAGUCACACGGCAAAGGCCGUAGUAGAUUCAAGGGACGUGGCCGUGAUAGCUAUGGCCGGCAAGGAAACCACAAUAAUCGUGGUCGUGGUUCCAGCCGCGGCCGAGACAAUUAUGGCCGUGGUCGAGAGAGCCUUAAGAACAAGAACCCGGAAGUCCAUAUGGUUCAUGAUACCGGGUAUGAUGUUGAUGAUGAUUCCCACCUUGAAAGGGACGACCUCUUGGAUUUUGAGACUUCUGAUUGUCUCAAAGACUAA